AAUAUUUGAAUCAGGAGAAAUUUCAACAUAAAAAAAAAACAAUCUUCGCGACACGGUCGCAGGAAAAAUUUCAAAGUGUUGCGAUGGCACAUGGGAGUGUUUAAUUACGCUGAAUUUGACAGCGGGUAUAUUACGUGCGAGGUGCGUGUAUAAAAAUUGAAGAUUAUACUGGAAAAGUGAUUAUUUUCUACGUUAAGAUGAAAAACCCGGUUGAAGAGCGUAAAAUAAAGCAGAAAAGAAUAUAUUUGGUGUAAUAAAGUUUUUAGAGAAAGUUUUCCACCAGUACACCCCAGUGACGUCCCAAAGUAAACAAAGCGAUGAAAUCAUGAAAGUUUUUCUUUAUGGAUUUGGAUUUCUUUUCAUUCUCCUGACCCACAUUGUCACUGCGGACGAGGCACAAAUCCCGGCAGAUUGGGUAGAGCCCCAUGCUUGGGCAAAUGUCCAAAAACGGGCAUCUGCGGACGCUCUGGAGGCGGGACGGAGCAUCCCACGCGAGGAGGGGCAACAUUUCUACCGGAAAUUGGUGAAUUUCCUUUUUGAUACGUCGAAAUUGCGUCCAAAUGGGGAUGGAGACACGCUGACACGUACACUCCACCUACACAUUACGCCAAAGCUGCUGGAGCGUCUGCAGGAAGCUGAGACGGCCAGGGAUAUUGAUAGUGUUGUCUUUGAGGUUAUUGAGAUGUCUCGCGAGGGUAGGCUGGAGCAGGUUAAGGAAAUUGUCAUCUCCGUGACGGAUAUCAUCACAAACUACCUCAAUGAGAUUUACAAUUCUGACACUCUUCUCUUCCUCUCCCUCGCAGUGGCUACUGUUGGUUUUGUCUGGAUCGUCAGCCGUAGACUUCAGAGGAACAUUGUUUUAGUCUUUAUUCUCACAAUCGUGGCCAUCAGCUACUUCCUGAUGUACCUGGAUUGCAAUCAAAAGCUCGAGAUUGAGAAGUUGAUGGAACUAAAUCGAAUGGCUGGGAAGAAUCCCUGUCAUGUGAAGCAAUCUUUCUUCUCCUGGGGCACGCACUCUGAGGAUGACUGCAUGAAGCACCUUAAGAACUCCUAUGGACCUCAGAGGAGCAUCUGUAGGCCCACGGAGGUUCUCCUACAGUUUUUCAGCCAUCUCACCAUGACACAAUUCGUCACAUUUAUCCAGGAAUCGCAUGAAACAUUCAGUGGCAUCUUCCGGAAGUACACGUGGAAGGAACAAAUAGUCAUCCUGCCCUUUGUUCUCUACUUUACAUACCUUAUGAUGAGUAUUCUCAUCAAAUAUACAUUCAAGUACGUUGUCCCAGCUAUAAUGGGCAGCAUAAACAGCCAUGGAGACGGUCAGAGUGCUCCUCAGCAGUUUGCGCAACGUCCUCCGGAAGCUGAUCAGUUAAUCCUUUCGGGGGAGAGUGUGCAGAAACUCCUGAAUCUCCUGCGACAGAACUCAACGGUGACUCUUCAACAAGCCGCGGGGGCUCUUGAGACAGAAGGGGGUGAUCGUGUUCAAGUACUUCCUCCCACUGAAUGUCCGCCGGAAGCCCUGGAACCAUCCGGAAGGGAAGAACAAGAAGAAGAAGCUAAAGAAAAUGAAGCCAACGAGAUUGAACAAAAUAAUAAAGAAAAAUCUACUUAAAAAAUAAA